AGAAAUAAAGGGAGGAGAGAAGUAUAGGAAAAGGGGGUGGGGGAGUCCUUUUCAACAUUGCAUUCCUGUGUUUUCCCUCAGCCUGGAAAACAUAUUAAUCCCAGUGCUUUUACGCCUGGAAACAAAGGGACUGAGCCAGACUGUGGGGGAAAGGGUGAUAAGAAGGAUCCCGGAACUCUAAAGAGGGAUCGAGUGAGAUUCAGAGAUCACUAAGACUCCACUUUAAGGGACGUCCUGUGUCGCCACAAGAGACGGGCACUCGCAGACACACAGGACCAAGGAGAAACUGCGGGCAAAUGGAGAUACAAAGACUUACAAGGACAGCUCCUUUCUCCUCAUCCCACUUGUCCAGAAGGUAAAAAGACGCAGCCAGAAAGGAAAGGAGUCAGACCAGGAGGAAGACAGGCUGCGAUCCGUGGUGAUACUUUGCAGGCUGGAACGGCAGCACACCCCUUUUGUAUUGUUCACCCUCGACAAGCCGAGAGAGGGUGGGGAGGAAAAGUAUUUCAUCUAGGAAACUGUCCUGGGGACCAAACUUCAGCUUUCCUUUGAAAUCCUCUGCAUUCCAUCUCUAUGAGCCACGAUUGGAUGACACAAUGAAGUCAAGACUGGGACCCUGUUUCACCAUGCUGUUGGCAAUGUGGCUGGUGUGUGGAUCAGAACCCCACCUCCCUGCCAUGAAUAGAGGGACCCAUGGAGGGCGGAAGGUGCCUUUGCUUUCCUCAGUCAAUAGCAGGCCAGCUCGGUUUCUGAGGCACACAGGGAGGUCUCGUGGAACAGAGAGAUCUACCCUUGAAGAACCAAACCUUCAGCCUCUCCAAAGAAGAAGGAGUGUGCCAGUGUUGAGACUAGCUCGCCCGACGGUGCUACCAGCCCCCGUGGGCAUCAAAGGGGCCCCUGUGAAACCUGAGCUGAGACCCAAGGCCAGGGGCUCCCCUGGUGAGAUGGUCCGAGAUGAGGGGUCCUCUGCUCGGUCAAGAAUGCUGCGCUUCCCCUCUGGGUCCAGCUCUCCCAACAUCCUCGCCAGCUUUGCUGGGAAGAACAGGGUGUGGGUCAUCUCGGCCCCCCAUGCCUCAGAAGGCUACUACCGCCUUAUGAUGAGUCUCCUGAAGGAUGACGUGUACUGUGAGCUGGCCGAGAGGCACAUCCAACAGAUUGUGCUGUUCCACCAGGCAGGCGAGGAAGGGGGCAAGGUGCGAAGGAUCACCAGUGAGGGCCAGAUCCUGGAGCAGCCCUUGGACCCCAGCCUCAUCCCCAAGCUGAUGAGCUUCCUCAAGUUAGAGAAGGGCAAGUUUGGCAUGGUGCUCCUGAAGAAGACACUGCAGGUGGAGGAGCGCUACCCUUAUCCAGUCAGGCUGGAGGCCAUGUACGAGGUCAUCGACCAAGGUCCCAUCAGAAAGAUAGAGAAGAUCAGACAGAAGGGUUUUGUCCAAAAGUGUAAAGCCUCUGGUAUAGAGGGCCAGGUGGUAGAGGAGGGGAACAAUGGUGGUGGAGGAGCAGGAAGGCCAAACCUGGGCACUGAGAAGAAGAGAGAGGACUCAAGGAGAGUACAAGUCCCCCCAACCAGAGACACUCGGGUGAAGGUGAUGAGAAAGCCGGCCACUACCACGAUGGCUCCUCCCCCACCACCUCCAACCCCAAGGGCCACCACUCUUCCUCCUGCUCCACCCACAACAGCCACACGGGCCACACCCCGAGUGGUAACAGUAGCCACGAGACCUACGACCACCACUGCUUUUCCAACCACCCAGAGGCCUUGGACACCCAGGGUGCACCCCUCCUCAACCUCCCCCAGACUCUCAGGCUCAGUUGAGUUGACCACAGCCCGGGGCUCCUCAGUCUCAGAGAAUCUCUACCCUCCACCCAGGAAGGAGCAGCAGAGGGAGAGGCUACAGACCACCAGGAGGCCCAGCAAGGCCACCAGCUUCGAGAGCUUCACUGCCAGCCCUCCCACCACCAUCUCAGAGCCCAGCACGAGGGCUGCAGGCCUGGGCCGUUUCCGAGACAACCACACAGACAGGCGAGAACAUGGCCAUCGGGACCCAAACGUGGUGCCAGGUCCUCACAAGACAGUCAAGACAAAGUCGCCUAAAAAGAAGACCCAGGACAAAAUUCUUAGCAAUGAGUAUGAGGAUAAAUAUGACCUCGGCCGGCCCACUGCCUCACAGCUGGAGGAGGAGCUGCAGGUGGGAAAUAUUCCCUCCCAGAGCUCAAAGGAGUCUAGAAAACAUGAAAAGCUUGAGAAACCUGAGAAGGAGAAGAAAAAGAAAGUGAAGAAUGAGAAACCAGACAAGUUACUCAAGAAUGAAAAGCAAAUGAAGAAGACUGAGAAAAAGAGCAAACAGGAGAAAGAGAAGAGCAAGAAGAAGAAAGCAGGUAAAACAGAGCAGGAUGGCUAUCAGAAACCCACCUCGAAACAUCCCCCGCAGAGCCCCAAGAAGUCAGUGGCUGACCUGCUGGGGUCCUUCGAAGGCAAACGAAGGCUCCUUCUGAUCACUGCUCCCAAGGCUGAGAACAACAUGUAUGUGCAGCAGCGUGAUGAAUACCUGGAGAGUUUCUGCAAGAUGGCCACCAGGAAGAUCUCCGUCAUUACCAUCUUCGGCCCCAUCAACAACAGCACCAUGAAAAUUGACCAUUUCCAGCUAGAUAAUGAGAAACCCAUGCAUGUGGUGCAUGAUGAAGACCUGGUAGACCAGCAUCUCAUCAGCGAGCUAAGGAGAGAAUAUGGAAUGACCUACAAUGACUUCUUCAUGGUACUGACAGAUGUGGAUCUGAGAGUCAAGCAAUACUAUGAGGUGCCGAUUGCAAUGAAGUCUGUGUUCGAUCUCAUCGAUACUUUCCAGUCCCGAAUCAGAGAUUUGGAGAAGCAGAAGAAGGAGGGCAUUGUUUGCAAGGAAGACAAGAAGCAGUCCCUGGAGAAUUUCCUAUCCAGGUUCCGAUGGAGGAGGCGUUUGCUGGUGAUCUCUGCUCCCAAUGAUGAAGACUGGGCUUAUUCACAGCAGCUCUCUGCCCUCAGUGGUCAGGCAUGCAAUUUUGGUCUGCGCCACAUAACUAUUCUAAAGCUUCUGGGCAUUGGAGAGGAAGUUGGCGGAGUUUUAGAACUAUUCCCGAUUAAUGGGAGCUCUGUUGUUGAGCGAGAGGACGUUCCUGCCCAUUUGGUGAAAGACAUACGUAACUAUUUUCAAGUGAGCCCAGAGUACUUCUCCAUGCUUCUAGUUGGAAAAGACGGAAAUGUCAAAUCCUGGUACCCUUCUCCAAUGUGGUCUAUGGUCAUCGUGUAUGAUUUAAUUGAUUCGAUGCAACUUCGGAGACAAGAGAUGGCCAUUCAGCAGUCAUUGGGGAUGCGGUGUCCAGAAGAUGAGUACGCAGGCUAUGGUUACCAUAAUUACCACCAAGGGUACCAGGAUGGUUAUCAGGAUGACUACCGUCAUCAUGAGAGUUACCACCAUGGAUACCCUUACUAAAUGGAAAUAUGUAACGUUAUCCCCAGAUUCCCCUAAAGUUGACAAGCCACACAUGGCUAGCUACAUAAGGAGUUCUUCCACACUGUCACAUUCCCUGCCUAUUUCUUUCAGUGUUCUUCCAAGACUAAAUAAAAAGCAAAUGUUCACCUA